ACAGCAAACCCUUGGCAAACGCCAUGAAGUUUCAGGCUAAGCCCAGACUCUGGAAUUACGUAUUUACCCGCUGUCUGAAAAGUUUCAGAAGGUGGGAGAGGGCGAGGCAAGGGCGUGAGCUAGCCAUGGUGCUGAAAUACGCACUGUGAGCUGUCCAGCAGUUUCGGUGCUGAAUUAUACACACGGACCCGCUCAGCAACUUCACCUGGGCCACUUUUCAAUCUAAAGACGCUCCCCAACUCUAAUGAAACAUUCCAUACACUUGGGGGUGCAAGGGUUGGACAGCCUCCCCCACCACCGGCUGAUCCGUGAUAUUAUGGAUCAAUCAAAUGUGGCUUGAUCACAUGUAGUCUGCAGGAAGAGAAACAUGUUUCUAUUUUACAAUCUGGUCCACGGGGCGCGCUAUUUCUCCGCUGCCAUAAAUCAAUAGAUAACGCCAAGGACACUGGCAUAAAAAAAAAGUCACUUUUCUCAAACUUCUUGGGAGUAUUGUACUAGAGCAGCCGGCCUUCAGCUCCGUAAUGAUUGGAAUUGGGAUUGUUUUAAGGUGCUCCGCUUAGAAUAACAUCGCUGGUUAACGUUAUUGGUCGGAGAUAUGGAGAUAAGGAAAGAACAGUUGAAGAAAUUAGCAGGGGACACCUUGGGGAACCUACACAGAAUCCUAGAGAAGCGGCAGAAUGUCGGGGAGACGAUCGAGUUGACUGAAGAUGGUCGAGCGAUCGGAGUGGCAGAGAAAAGGAAGCCCAUUGUGGACUGCACGUGCUUCGGGCUGCCAAAGCGCUAUGUCAUCGCCAUAAUGAGUGGCCUGGGCUUCUGCAUCUCCUUUGGGAUCCGCUGUAAUCUGGGGGUAGCCAUCGUAAGCAUGGUCAACAACAACACAGUCUACAGCAAUGGGAAACUCAUCAUGGAGAAAGCUAGAUUUAACUGGGAUCCGGAGACGGUGGGAAUGAUUCACGGAUCCUUCUUCUGGGGGUAUAUUGUUACGCAAAUUCCAGGAGGCUACAUAUCCCAGAAAUUUGCUGCCAACAGAGUGUUUGGCUGGGCGAUCGUGGCAACAUCUUCCCUGAACAUGUUGAUACCCUCAGCAGCCAGAAUCCAUUUCAGCUGCGUCAUAUUAAUCAGGAUUCUCCAAGGACUGGUCGAGGGGGUUACAUAUCCGGCAUGCCAUGGAAUUUGGAGCAAAUGGGCACCUCCCUUGGAGCGAAGCCGGCUUGCUACUACCUCCUUCUGUGGUUCCUAUGCAGGGGCAGUGAUAGCAAUGCCUCUGGCAGGGAUCCUUGUCCAGUACUCAGGGUGGUCUUCAGUCUUCUAUGUCUAUGGGAGUUUCGGCAUGGUGUGGUACAUUUUCUGGCUGCUGGUGUCUUAUGAGAGUCCAGCUAAACACCCAACCAUUACCGAGGAAGAGAAGACCUACAUAGAGGAAUCUAUUGGAGAGGGCGCCAACCUGAUGAACCCUCUUGUGAAAUUCAAGGCGCCCUGGCGUAAGUUUUUCACAUCGAUGCCUGUCUACGCUAUAGUGGUGGCCAACUUCUGCCGCAGUUGGACUUUCUACUUGCUGUUGAUCAGCCAGCCGGCCUACUUUGAGGAGGUCUUUGGGUUCGAGAUCAGCAAGGUUGGCCUGUUGUCUGCUCUCCCCCAUCUCGUCAUGACGAUUGUCGUGCCCAUUGGCGGGCAGUUAGCGGACCACCUCCGAGCCAAGAAAAUCAUGUCCACCACCAACGUCAGGAAGAUGAUGAACUGUGGAGGUUUCGGAAUGGAAGCAACCUUUCUGUUAGUGGUGGGCUUCUCUCACACAAAAGGAGUGGCUAUUUCUUUCCUCAUCCUUGCCGUUGGCUUCAGUGGAUUCGCAAUUUCAGGUUUCAAUGUUAACCAUCUGGACAUUGCGCCACGCUAUGCCAGCAUCUUAAUGGGUUUAUCCAAUGGAGUGGGCACUUUAUCUGGGAUGGUGUGCCCUUUAAUCGUGGGAGCAAUGACAAAGCAUAAGACCCGCGAGGAGUGGCAGUACGUGUUCCUGAUCGCCUCCCUGGUUCACUACGCGGGGGUGAUAUUCUACGGCAUCUUUGCGUCCGGGGAGAAGCAGUCGUGGGCGGAGCCCGAGGAGCUCAGCGACGAGAAGUGCGGCUUCAUGUACGAGGAUGAGUUGGCGGCCGAGGUGGAGGAUGGCUACGGGAGCUAUGGCACCACGGGCACCACCAACAUCACCAACGGGGGCUGGACCAAUGAAUGGGACAGGAAGGAGGAGUUCGUCCAGGAGCAGGGCAAGGAUGCGUACAUGUACGGCAGCGUACAGGACAGGGACUUAUCCUGAGCUGGGGCUGGGGGAGGUGGGUGGGUUUUAGGGGGUGGGGAGAUGCAGCUUGCCCAUUAUAACACCAACCUCCCAUCCCCUCAACAAACAAAACUGGACGGGCAUUGAGUCUUGUGGCGGAGGCAUGAUAGGCACUAUUGUAUAUAAAUAGCCAAUUGUUUAAAGGGUAACUUCACCUUAUUUUCAUCCCAAGGUUUGAAAGGCCCUCUAUUCUAAUGUCUUUCUGUGUAUGUGUACAUGUGUGUGUAUGUGUGCGUGUGUACGUGUGUGUGUGUACGUGUGUGCGU